GCAAGAAGGAACGAAUGCUCAAAAACAGAUAAACAUGCAAACCGUUUACUUCCUUGCAUUCUUGCCAUGCUUAACAAUAGCGCAAAUACCAAGUUUGGGCUUUUGUCCAGACUAUUUACCUAUGACACAUUUCGAUAUUGACCGUUUCAUGGGAAAAUGGUAUGAAGCUGAGCGUUAUUUCCAAUUUUCUGAAGUAGCCUCGAGAUGUGUUGUGACCGAUUAUGCCGUCGCUCCCAAUGGAAAGAUUUACGUCUCCAAUGAAGUCACGAACAGAUUCACCGGAGUUAAAAGAAUAAUAGCUGGGAAUGUGGACAUGCCAGGGCACAAAUCCGAGGGCAAAAUGGUAGUGAAAUACGAAACAACCCCUUCCACAACGUCCACCCUUACAGUAUUAGAUACAGACUACGACAAUUAUGCUGUAAUUUGGAGUUGCAAUGGUCUUGGACCUGUCAAUACCCAAAGUGCUUGGUUAAUGACUAGAGAACGUAUACCAGACGUGACAACACUUCAAAAAGCUUAUGGAGUCCUAGAUCAGUUCAAGAUCAACAGAACGUUCUUCUUGAAGACGGACCAAGAGGGUUGUGCCAUUGCUGCUUCCGAUUUGAAUGCCGCCCUUGGUAUAGCUUCAACAUCAACCAAUGUGGAACAAAAUGCCAUAUUAGCGAAAACCAGCGAAGAUGCAGAGAAUGAACUGAAGAAGAAUAACGAUCAGAGUGAUCAGGAGAAAACGGAAGAGACUACGACAGAAAUAAAUGACACUGAAGAAGCGACGAAAGAAAUUUCAUCAUAAUUUAAUAUAAAAUAUUAUUUAUUGUUUGUAACUAUUUAUUUUUAUUUAUAUUUAUUUUAAGACAAUUAUAUUAAAAGCUUCUAAUAAAAUCAUCAAAAUAAUAAGAA